GUUUAGUCAUGACGGAGUAGGCUAGACUUUGUUUGGAAACUGAUAACACGUCUGAUUAAAUGAUUGUAGUUUUAAAUUGGUUUGUCUGGGACUGUGGAGUUAUAGGAAUGCGUGGAGUGUAUUUGGAUAUCCAGAAUGUCUCUGUAAAAAAAUGAGAGUAACUUUUAAUAAAGUUGCCUACUCGAUUUUAGUUUCAUACUUGAUCGUGUCAUGUUACACAGGUUAUAUUAUUGUAAGAAAUAAAGUAUGGAAGGAAAAAAUACAACAGGAAAAGUUUCGUCAGAUGUCAGAGUUGGCAGAAGAUGACACAGACUGGAACCCGUGGGGAGAAGAAUUUGAAAAUGAACAACUAGUCAUUUCACACCAUGAACCACCAAAAAUUCUCUGGAACCUUGAACCCAAAAAUACAGUCUCAAACAAGGGCAGUAACUCAACAAACAGAAUUUUUAAUGUGGAAGUCUGGGGCAAAGCUGCUAUAGGGCUGUAUUUAUGGGAACAUAUUUUGGAAAGGACCUCUGGGGGAAAAGAAUGGGGGAAAACUUGUAAAGAUGACAUUUAUUUCAGGUGGUUGCCCCUGGAGACAGACGAGACAAGGGAGCAAUUCAUACAAGCAUUAUCUCAGAGUGAUCUCACACUAAACCCGGUUGGUGUAAACACGGAGUGCUACAGAAUAUACGAGGCUAUAACGUAUGGUUCCAUUCCAGUUGUGGAGGACAUCAUGACCCCUGGCAAUUGUGGGAAAUCUAAAAACUCAAAUACAUUUCCUUUGCGUCUGCUCAAAGAAAUGGAUGCACCAAUUAUUUAUAUCAAAGACUGGUCAGAAUUGACUAAAAUUUUAGAAAAUGAGAAAAAGUUGCGACAUAGUGAAGUAGUGAAAAGGAGGAGAAAUAUAUUGCUAUGGUAUGAAAGUUUUAAAUCUAAAAUGCGGCAAAAACUGAUUGGAGCUAUGAACAGACAUUUCUUUGGCCUAAACAGAUAAUGUUAAUAGAAGUUAGAUUUAUUUAGUUUUAUUUUUGUAAUAAAAUCUCAGUUAAAUGUGAUUCAAGUUUGUACAAGAGUUUGUAUAUUGAAAAUCUCUCAUCUUUACUCAGAACCGAGUCAGUCUGUAUGUGAUUAUUUUAUAGUUUACUUUAUUUAUUAAUAUUUUUAUUUUAAUUCAUAAAUUCUAUAAAAUAAAACGAAAAAACACUGGGUUUCAAGUUCGGUUAGUAAGGUUGUAAGUUUUCUAAAUAAAACUCAUUCAUGCGACUUGUAAUUUGAUUUGAUUUAGAGAUGGAUGAUUUGAUUGUAAGUUAUAGCUAUUCUUAUUUUACAUGUCUCGUCAAGGUGCUGUUAUUAUCAUUACAAUGAUUGUCAUGCUUGCUUGUAAAUUCAGUAUUUCUCUAACGGUUCUAGGCAUAUGUACAGUUAACACAUUUGUUCCCUUGGAAAAGCAGAAAUGCAGAGGGUUUGUUAUAAGAAUUGGAUAUCCUUCAAGUGGUGAACUGCAGAUGCGGUAUUUUCAUGAAUGGCACAGUUGCCUAUUGUAGACAAAGUGAAUUUGGCUAACGUCUCCUAUACUUUAAACAGCAUUAAAGUGUUUUCACAUUAGUGUAAUGCCAAGAUUAUGUAAAGGCUAUCUUUCACUUCCAUGUGAUAAAUAUGUUCUAUGUGCUUGAUGGUAUAUGUGAUAAAUACGUAUUUUUCAUAACAUAGGUAUCUUUUUAGCUCACCUUAGCCAGAAGCUCAUGGUGAGCUUUUGUGACCGCUCAGUGUCCGUUGUCAGUCGUGCGUGCGUCAACAUUUUCUAAAAAAAAUCUUCUUGAAAACCACUGGGCAGAAUUACACCAAACUUAAAUGGUCGUUUGGUGGUCCCCUUUCAAAAUUGUUCGAAGAAUUUAAUUCCAUGCAGAACUCUGGUUGCCAUGGCAACCGAAAGGAAAAACUUUAAAAUCUUCUUGUUCAAAACCGAAAGGCAUAGAGCCUUGAUAUUUGGCAUAUGACAUCAUCUUAUGGUCCUUUAUCAAGAUUGUUCAAAUUGUGCCUCUUGGGUGAAAAGAGGCCCCACCCCGGGGGUCACAAGUUUUACAUAGACUUACAUAGUAGACGUGCAGGCUGAUCUUGGUCUGCACUGGUCGCAAAGGCAGAAUAAUAUUAACUUGCCGCCAGCAGGCUAAAGGCUAAAUAGUAUUGAAAGUCUUAUGAAUGUUUCUAAUAUUGCCUACCAUUAUAAUUCAGUAAACCAGUGUAAAAUAAGAAAUAAGAAGUUACAAACCUUUCAGCUCCUUAAUAAUACAAUUAAAAGGUCAUGACCCUGAAUCAAAGUGUUACAGAAUAGCAUUCUGUGAUAGCUAUACAUAACUGCCAUUCCUUAUACAGGUAUAUGCCAUGUAUUACACAUAGACUUGCAUGCAUUUCAAACUUUCAUGAUUAGAAACAGUCUUGUCUUUAAACAUUGUAACAUGUGUUACUUAGAUUUAUAUACUGUUAAUCGUGAUUACCUAAGCUAUAAGAUAACACCAGUUUAAGAACUUUAUGCAUUUGCUUUGAUACGCUGUAAGCUUAUAAAAAAAAUUUAUCAGUUUUUCUUUUGUUUUAUCAUUGAUCUUGAUGGAACCUGUCACAAAGUGACAAGGUGAGCUUUUGUGAUCGCGCGGUGUCCGUCGUCCGUGCGUCCGUCCGUGCGUCCGUAAACUUUUGCUUGUGACCACUCUAGAGGUCACAUUUUUCAUGGGAUCUUUAUGAAAGUAGGUCAGAAUGUUUAUCUUGAUGAUAUCUAGGUCAAGUUCGUAACUGGAUCACAAGCCAUCAAAAACUAGGUCAGUAGGUCUAAAAAUAGAAAAACCUUGUGACCUCUCUAGAGGCCAUAUAUUUCACAAGAUAUUCAUGAAAAUUACUCAGAAUGUUCAUCUUGAUGAUAUCUAGGUCAAGUUCGAAACUGGGUCACGGGCCAUCAAAAACUAGGUCAGUGGGUCUAAAAAUAGAAAAACCUUGUGACCUCUCUAAAGGUCAUAUUUUUCAUGGGAUCUGUAUGAAAGUUGGUCUGAAUGUUCAUCUUGAUGAUAUCUAGGUCAAGUUCGAAACUGGGUCACGUGCGGUCAAAAACUAGGUCAGUAGGUCUAAAAAUAGAAAAACCUUGUGACCUCUCUAGAGGCCAUAUAUUUCAUGAGAUCUUCAUGAAAAUUGGUCAGAAUGUUCACCUUGAUGAUAUCUAGGUCAAGUUUGAAAGUGGGUCACGUGCUGUCAAAAACUAGGUCAGUAGGUCAAAUAAUAGAAAAACCUUGUGACCUCUCUAGAGACCAUAAUUUUCAUGGGAUUUGUAUGAAAGUUGGUCUGAAUGUUCAUCUUGAUGAUAUCUAGGUCAAGUUCGAAAGACGGUCACGUGCCAUCAAAAACUAGGUCAGUAGGUCAAAUAAUAGAAAAACCUUGUGACCUCUCUAGAGGCCAUAUAUUUCAUGAGAUCUUCAUGAAAAUAGGUCAGAAUGUUCACCUUGAUGAUAUCUAGAUAAAGUUCGAUACUGGGUCACGUGCCGUCAAAAACUAGGUCAGUAGGUCAAAUAAUAGAAAAACCUUGUGACCUCUCUAGAGACCAUAAUUUCAUGGGAUCUGUAUGAAAGUUGGUCUGAAUGUUCAUCUUGAUGAUAUCUAGGUCAUGUUUGAAAGACUGUCACGUGCCAUCAAAAACUAGGUCAGUAGUCAAAUAAUAGAAAAACCUUGUGACCUCUCUAAAGGCCAUAUUUUUCAUGGGAUCUGUAUGAAAGUUGGUCUGAAUGUUCAUUUUGAUGAUUCUAGGUCAAGUUCGAAACAGGGUCAUGUGCGGUCAAAAUCUAGGUCAGUAGGUCUAAAAAUAGGAAAACCUUGUGACCUCUCUAGAGGCCAUACUUGUGAAUGGAUCUCCAUAAAUGUUGCUCUGAAUGUUCAUCUUGAUAAUAUCUAGGUCAAGUUCGAAAGUGGGUCACGUGCCAUCAAAAACUAGGUCAGUAGGUCAAAUAAUAGAAAAACCUAGGUCUAAAGUUAUUAAAAUCUUUUGACCUCUCUAGAGGCCAUAUUUUUCAAUGGAUCUUCAUGAAAAUUGAUCUGAAUUUUCACCUUGAUGAUAUCUAGGUAAAGUUCCAAACAGGGUCACGUACCUUCGAAAACUAGGUCAAUAGGUCAAAUAAUAGAAAAACCUUGUGACCUCUCUAGAGACCAUAUUUUUCAAUGGAUCUUCAUGAAAAUUGGUCAGAAUUUUUGUCUUGAUAAUAUCUAGGUCAAGUUCAAAACUGGUCACAUGAGCUCAAAAACUAGGUCACUAUUUCAAAUAAUAGAAAAAACGAUGUCAUACUCAAAACUGGGUCAUGUGGGAAGAGGUGAGCGAUUCAGGACCAUCAUGGUCCUCUUGUUUGAAAUGUACGACAAAUUAUGAAAAUUUCUUCAUCAUAAUAAUACUACAUUUAAAGAUAUUGGGUAACUGUAAUAAACGUGAUUAUGUCUCCCACCACACAGUGGUGUGGGAGACGUAUUGAUUUACUCCUGUCUGUCUGUCUGUGUGUGUCUGUCUGUCACAAAGCUUGUCCACACUCUUUAAGUCGAAUAUUUCUCAUCCAGUCUUCACCAAACUUGAACAAAAUAUGUUUGCCAAUAAGUCCUCGGCCAAGUUCGAUAACUAGCCAAAUUGGCCCAGGCACUUGGGAAUUAUGGCCUUUAAAACUUGCGUUUGAUAAUCAAAGCACUGAAAGUCUGAUAAGGCAGUUGAGGUCUUGGUGCUUGGUUGACUCAUGUACUACUAUUCAGAUGAUUAGGCAGUUGUGGGAGACGUGUGCUUUUCUCAAAAGCAGCUCUAGUUGAUUACGUGUUUUUCAGUGAAUUAUCAAAAUACUAGAGUGAAAUAUAUUUGAUAUUUUCAGUGAAGAAUAUCAAAUAUAUUUUUCUCACUGGUAAGAAAUUAUAAAAAUGGGUAAAUUUUGUUAAGACAUGAAAUAAAAAGAAAAUUUGUUCGUUUUAAAUGUAAGAUCAAAAUAUCUUCCAUGCAUGAACACCAUAUCUUACAUAUUCACUUAUGGCUUUGCCACUCAUGAAAAUAUUACAUCUGGUGAUCAAUUGUGAAAGAUAUUACAAUCUUACAGUGAAACAAACAAAUAUCCUUCAUAUGUUCUUGCUCCAGAUAUACAGAUAUAUGUGUAUAUGUAAAACAAAUGAAUUCAUUGAAAACAUUGAAAGUUGUUUUUAGGAGAAAUGUUUCAAUUUGCAUUUUAUUUAAUUGAGACUUUCUGACUCGAGAGGCAAUUUUUUAUACAUGUUUUGUCAGUGAAAUAGUACAAGACUGAUUGAAUUCACUUUUAGUUUUAAAUUAAUGAAUGUCUGUUCUUGAGAGGUUGUUGUAUAAGAUGUAUAUUCAUCUGACAGGAAUAUGCUGAGAGCCAAGUGCCAAAUAGUUGUAACUAAGUAUUCAGAGUAGUUAUCUGUUGCUUGAUAAGGUGUCCGCAGCUCAGCUAGGACUUUGUGGGGUUUGAACCACACUAUUUCACAACUACAUACCUCAUAGGACACCAGCACUGGAUAUGUAGGACCAACACAUGAAAAUGUCAUAAUUAAUGUUACUAUUUUGUGAUUAUUAUUUAUAUGAGCUGCACCAUGAGAAAACAAACAUAGUGCAUUUGCGACCAACAUGGAUCCAGACCAGCCUGCGCAUCUGUGGAUGUGCAGGCUAGUCUGGAUCCAGGCUGGUCGCAAACGCACUAUGUUGGUUUUCUCAUGGCGUGGCUCAUAUUAUAUUUCUGUUUUGUUAAUUUUUGUUCUACAAGUAUCUUUUACAGACUUAGAUUUUUAUACUUUGUGUUCAAGGUUGUGACUUUUAUGGAAUAUGAAUUAUAAUAUGCAUGUUUUACGGGUUGAGAUGAAUUUAAAACUUCUUGAUAAAUUAACAUCAGAUUCCAAAAAUGUCAAAAUUUAGAAAGACUUGCCCCCUCUUGAAGAAUUUGUGUAAAUUACUGUUUUGUGACUCAUUAGGCAUUAAACACAUAUUGUAUGGCAUUGAGGUUCAUACACAUGUUUAUAGACUUGAAAGUGAAGCCAAAAAUUUUUAAUGAUUCGUAAUUCGUAAUAUCCUUUUCUGUCUCGCUGUCCAGUAAAUUGCAUAUUAACCUAGAUGUCAUGUGAUACUUGUUAUAUUAUACAAAGUAGAUAUUGUGUUUUAUCAUAUUGUUUAAGGUAUGGAGAAGUUUUUAUUUCUCCACCUUGGAUUGUAAAACUGGUUCUGUCUUUUUACGAAGGCUUCAACAAUCAUAAAAUCAAAUCAUAAUAGUCAUAGUUAUGACAAUCUUCAUAAUGAUGCUGAAAAUAGCAUCUGUGUGAAAUUUACCAACUUCAGGACACUUUGGCAUAAUAGUUUAAUGCUAUUGCUCGGUAUUUGCCACGAGUGCAGGAAAUUGUUUUACUUUAUUAUUUUGUCUUCAUGUCAUUUGCUAUAAACUGUUAGAUAAUCAGAUAUAUUCAUUCAUUCUUAAUUGAAUGGUCUUCCACUCUGUUAUUGGUAGUGACUGGUUUGAUUUCACUUAAUGUUAGUUGUUGUAACAUGUUAGUAUUAACAGACUAGUUGUACUGUAUUCACAGUUAUUGAUCUGGCUCUAUGUUCACAAAACAUUUUCAGUCUCAGCUGAGUUUUAGACUGAAAAUUUGUUAGCUAAUUUUACUAGAACAUGUAUAUUUAGUUUGAUUCAUAUAUAUAUAUAUUUAGUUACACUUAGCUUGGAGGAAGAGUAGGUAUAUUGUUUGGCUGAUGUCAGUCUGUCUAUCUGUCUGUUUGUAGAUUACCUGUAUUGUUUUGGGGUCUUGAGGUCACAGGAACCUUGUGGUUUCUGAUCAAUAAUAGGAGAUUGCUUUUGCCUAUGACCACUAAAUUGUACUGCACGUUUGUCUAUGGUCAUUGUAAUUGGGUCAUCAAGUCUAAGGUCAAUGUUACAGCAUACCUGAGACUGAAAAUAACACACACAAGUACCUUCCUGACCACCAUAGGUGAUAGAGGAUGGGGAGAGGAGCUUAUGUUCUUUACAGUUUAGUUCUUUACUUGGUUUUAAAGUCAGUAAUAGUGCUGGCUGUAGAAAAUAGUAUCAGAUUGUAUAUGUAGUUAUGAAUCCACUGUAUAGGGGUUUAGGAAAUGCACCAAAUAGGUAGGAUACAUGGCUUGUAGUGAAAUGCACCUUUGAUAGACCUCACAGCAGGUUACCCCUUUUAUAAUUUAAAUUAAACACAUGCAUUACAUGGUAAAUAUACAACAAUGUAAAAAUUUUAUUAAAAAACCCAUAGAUUGGCUAUAUUUAAGUGUAUCAUUAUUCUUAAGUGUGAAAUGAAACAGCAGGAAUGAAACUGAAUCAUACAAACAUAGUGAAUGUAAAAUAACUUCCAGUCUUAAAUAAUAGUAGAAUUUAGAAACUGUGCAUCUGUUUUUAAGUAAAAUCUUACCUGCAGAAUACUAUGGUCAGUUUUAAUUUUAUACAGAUAGUUACAAAAUGAUGGAGGAGGUGACAGGGUCAUCAUCUGCCAUUAAAAUCUGGAAGGGUGAUAAAGAAUUGUCCAAAUGUAGCAUCUGAAACAGAAUAUAUCAGCUAUGGAAUGCAGAUUGCACUGGUUGCUGUUAUCGCAGAAUAAUGCUUCAUUUAUGGUUUAGAAUUAGAAAUUUCCUGUUUUUAUGUUCAUAAUUUGAUGCGCAGGCAGGUCUGGAUCCAUGCUGGUCGCAAACCCACAAUGUUGGUUUUCUCAUGGCACGGCUCAUUUUCAUUUCUUUGCUACUUUUACAAUAAUGUUGUUGUAUUACAGUUUGUGUUGUUCAAGUUUUGUUUAUGUAUUAUAUAGUUAUUUAUAGUUUAGUUUUUAGUACAAGACAGUCUUUCACAUCGUAUGUAGUUCAUUUCACAUUAUGAUUGUAUUGUUGUUGAUUUUUAAUGAAAUUGAUUAUGGAAUAAUCUUUCUAGCAUAAAUAGGUUUCAUAUUUUUCAUGGGUAAAUUGCCAUAUCAGUAUACAAGAUGAAAAUAAAAGUUGAACAUA